AUGUGGCUCCGUCGUCUGCCCCCCACACACUCGGGAGCCGCGUGCUCGGUGACGGUGCUUGCCAGGUGGUGCAGCACGCAGUCGGGCCGAGGGCCGGAAGGAAAAGAGAGCUCCUCGAAGGAGACGACGACGACGGAGGGCAAAAGCGAAGGUCUUUCCCUCACGAAUACGAAUAGCAGCGUGGAGAAAAAGGGCGGAUUUCUGCAACCAUCGGAUGACGUUGUGCUGGAGUACGCUCGACACGCACUGGAGCGUGAAGGGCGCGACAAAAAACCCGAGGCAGUCAUAUGGCAAUGGGAUACGACGUAUUCGCCGAUUUUAUCAAAAGGAAAGCAAAAUUUCUACGAUUACACGGACGACAUUCCGAAGCAUGUAAAGCCAUUUUGGCAUCAUGAGUACUACCAACAGCGUGAGUACUUUCGAUUGCAGCGAGAGAAGCGUCCACUGAGGGAGCAAUUAAAAACCUGGGGUAUUGUCGUGGCUUGUUUGUCUGUCGCAGGGGCGGCGCUCACGCUUAUCCGCGUGUGGGUUGAGCAACCGAGAGAAAUUCGUGAACUACGGGAAGAGCUGCUCCAGCAAACUUACGGUAAAGUAUUGGAGCUUGCCGCAGGGCAUGGCCAAAACAUUGGAGCCUACCCGUAUGCUGUGCACGAGGUUAUUAUGUGUGAUUCCAACGCACAGCAGCUUCAAGCCUUGCGAUACCGCCUUCCACGUACGUCCUAUCCCAAGUAUGACGUGCGCCGCGUACGGUCGGAGAAUCUGGACAUUUUUGCCGAUGGAGAGUUUGACUGUGUGGUGGAUAUGUUUGGACUUUGUCAUCUCCAUGAUCCUGUUAAGGCGCUUCGGCAAAUGCAGCGCGUUGUAAAACCAAGCGGUCUCAUUCUGCUUCUCGAGCACGGCAGCAGUCCCUACCCCCCCGUGAAUUGGUUUUUGAGCUACUUUGAGCAGCGGCACAAGGUGAACACGCAUGGGUGCAAGUGGAAUUUGCCGAUUCGGGAGUUUUUGAGGGAGUCACGCCUGGAGGUGAAGGAGCUUCGAAACAUGCAUUAUGGAACGACUUACUACGUCGUGGCGUACCCGGAGGUAUUAGAGGCCUUUAAGGAUCGCGGUGCUGCUUCGGCGUCUGCGCUGGCUACUGCGUAA